ACCCAGUUUUUGCAGUAAUAUGAAAAGAACUUCCUUAUAUUUCAGUCCAGCGUGUUUCCUCGUACUAGAGAGACGUACAUUUACGGAAAGGAAGAAGAGUUUAAGAUCAGGGUUACUAUCUCCAUAAGAGGCGUAAUACUCCUGCCUCUGUUCAGAUGGGGUACAUGACGGUAGAGGAGCACAGCGCCACCCGGCUCCACCUCAAGAGAUCUCCAGGCAUUCGUUCCUGGUCUAUUCUUAUCGGCGUAUCGUCUGUUGGGUUGACCGCUGCGUACUACAGCGCAGACAGCAUCCCGUGGAAGCUCUUCUACGUGGCGGGCUGCCUGUUUGUGGCCAUGCAGAACAUGGAGGAGUGGGAGGAGGCCGUGUUCGACAAAACCAAGAACCGGAUUGAGCUCAAGACGUUCAGCCUGUACGCUUUAGUCCUGACGCUAUGGAAGAAGGGCCAAGAGAAAGUUGUGCUGGAUCUGACGCAGCUGUGUGACAUCUGCGUCCAGGAAGAGAAGGUUCGCUAUUUGGGGAAGGGCUACCUGCUGAUGCUGCGACUGGCUGCCGGCUUGUCCUACCCCCUGACUAACAGCGCCACGAUGGGGGGACGCAGCGACGUGGAGGAGAUGGCUGCGUUGCUGAAGCGCUUCCUGGGCCUGGAGGAGAUGCAGCAACGCAGGCAGCAGGAGGAGGAGGCAGAGUAUGGCGAGGAGGAGGAAGAGGAAGAGGAUUCUUUGGACAACAGCAGUGAUUCAGAUGGUGAAACAGAGAAACUCUGAUCCGGCUGGUCGUUGGGCGGAUUGGGUUUAGGGGCAUUACCCAGGGUGCAGUUCGAGCGAUACCCUCACCACACGUUUUACUAGCAUGUGCACGAAACGCCACUUCCAGUUUCUCCCUCGCACGCCUCCUUCCUCGGGAGACUAUAGUUACAUACUUCUUUAUAUUCCUGUAAACUGGGAUGGGAAUGUGACCAAAUGUCUUCGAAAACAUCCCCAAGCAACAUGGAAGAGACUUUAGUCCUUCAUUGUACUUUUAGAUGCAGCUCUCUACAAGAGAAUAUUAUGCCUUUUUGCUUUUUUUCUCUAAUUACUAUUUAGAAACACUCCAGAUUACAGUUUUACCGUGCCUUCCUGAUUAUCUAUAAUGUGUGUUUGUGUGCAAGUCAAUGAAAAAGGGCUUUUCCCAGCGUUUCCAGGACCACCCAGUUGAUAAUCACCUUUUGGUUUCACGUGUAAAUGGGCGCGACUGAUUCUCGUGGCUCAGUGGAGAGUUAAUUAUACGUGGAACGCUUUCGCCUGUUGUUGUUUGUCUUUUAACGCUGAUGUACUUUCUGUGGACCAAAGACUGAAUCUCAGGAUCGUGGCUGUUGAUGUCAGAAAGAAAAUGGAAACUUUGGAGAGGUUGUUUUUUUCGCAGGCUGAUUUUGUUGCCUCUGUUUAUUUUGAUACAUUUGGAGGAAUUAUAUAAAAGUUAUUUGAUUUUAAACUCA